GAAAUAGAACGAUAAGCGUAGCACCGAUGUGGCGAUGUGAAUGAAUGAACGAACUCCCCUCAGAAUUCCUUCUUUCCGGUACAUUCUCUCUCAUCGCAUCUUCUACCGUUUCCAGAUACUAGUUGUUAACUUGUUAUUGAGGAGUACGAGGCUAGUAGGCUCCACUCCAGUCAAGAUAUUAUGUACUCUACCGACUCCAUCAUAAAAACCCUCCUUCAAAAUCUCUAAAAACCUAACCCUAAACAUGGCCUCGAGUCCUCUCCUCCGCCUCUCUCUCCUCCCACUCCACCCCACCAAUCUCUCACCUCACCCUCUCAGUUCCCCCUUCGCACCUACUCCGCUCCCCCGCUCGCAGGAGCGCGUGGGUUUCGCACGCUCGGGAGCUGGACCCACGUACUCACGCGGCGAGGGGGGAAGCAUUCUCCCUGGAACACGGAGUAAUCUCACCCACACCACCGCCGCAACAUGGCCACCGCGAAGAACCGCCAAAACCACCACAUGCAUGUCCUCCUACAACAACAACAACCGCACUACUCCGGCCACCGAUCGGCUAGUCUCCGCCGUGGCCUACGUCCUCCCCUUGAUCAAAGGCCUCAGCUACGGCCGAUUCCUCUUUGCCAAGUACCCCACUCUUGCCACGGCGUUGGAGCCGGUUCUGCCCUUGCUGAACCUCUACCACUCCAUCCCUUACGCAAGCUUGGUUUCCUUCUUUGCUCUCUACCUCGGUGUCGCGAGGAACCCUAGGCUCAGCCGCUACGUCAGGUUCAAUGCUAUGCAGGCAGUUGUGCUCAGCGUCUUCCUCUCUCUCCCCUCGCUCUUCCAGCUGAUCUUUUCUCCGGGUCGGACCGGACUCGGGUACAAGUUGAUGGUGACGGUUUACAACGCCCUCUUUGUCUUUGUUGUGUGUUGCUUUGUUUAUAGCGUGGUUUGUUGUAUCCUGGGUCAGACCCCCUACUUGCCCUUAGUGGCUGAAGCUGCUGACAGGCAGAUCUGAAAUAACCUAGAGCUUUUCUUUUCAGGUUGGGUUUUGUUUCCAGUUUUGUAGUUAAUCUUUUUGUUCUCUUGUAAAUAACCUGGAUGGUUUGUUUUUUUAAUAAACAUGGUGUUGAAUGUUGCUUUCUUGACAA